AUGGUUAAACUACGCUCAAAGCAUAGUUUAUCAGAGCAAAUAGGUUCACCUGAAGUAGAAACAGUUAACAUCUCCAUACCAUCAACUUCAAAAUUGAUUUGUGAAGAAGUUUUACCAGUUUCUUCAUCUAAACUUAUUACACCAGAACAAAAUAUGCAAUCCCAGGUCAUGAUGUGUACUCCAACAAAAAUUUCAAGUUUAAACAAAUCCACAAGAUUGCUUUCUAGCAUCGGUGUAAGAAAAGCUUCGGAACUAACACCAAAAGCAAAAAAGCUCUAUAGGGUAGCUUCCAGUCUUCCACCUUCUACCAAUUUCAAUAAAAUUUUCAAUAAAUGUAUAUUUUUAUUAAGUAACAUUUUGCCCCAAUUAUGUCACUUGGCAAACAUUACCUCAGUGUUGAGAUCAUUAUUGAAAAAUGAAUUUACAGAGGAUGUUUUUCGUUGUGAAGAUCAUGAUACGUUCAAAUCGUUUCUUUAUUAUGUUUCCAAAUUUCAUUUAUUUGUAUGGUUGAAAAACAUUAAUAAGAUUGUGAAAGGGAAACAAAAAGUUGAAAAAUCAUCAGAUAAGAUGAAAAUAUAUGCUGCACAAAAAUUUGAAAAGCAAUUAAAAUAUUCAAAAAAAAUGAAAAAUCUCAAAUGUUUGAAUAUAAUUUAAGUACCUAUCUAGUUAUAUACUUAGUGUUAAUAAAAAUAUAUUGUA